AUUUUAGCCAGUGUAUUCCAUUCAGAUAAAGCACAAGCCUAUUUUCAUUCCAAAUUCUGACAAUUUACUUAUAUCAAUAUCAAUACAAUGUCCCGUAUGUUUAACAGGGAAGAAAUUCCCAGAGACAGAGGACUGGCCCAGGAGCUGAGGAGUGAAAUAACCCGCAACUCGGCGGAGUUCAGUUUCAACUUCUGGCAGGAGUUCGAGCACAUCCGGUCGACCCAGCGAAGCCGCAUGGUGCAGGAGCGCUUGCAGCGGGAGAGGAUUACCACUCUGAUCCGGGAUGGACAAGAGGAGGCCAACCAGGAGGCGGAGGCCCUGAGCCGAUCGAUCAGCGCCCAUGGCAUCACCUCGACCACUUUGCCAUCGGCAUUGUCAGCAAUUCCCACUGCGUCCAUGGUGAAGAACUCCUUGGUCCAGGGAGUCAAAAAUGUGUCUAAUCGCACGAGUUCGGGCGUCAAACGGAAGUCGCCGAAGCAGAGGUUCCAAGCACCCAAGACGAAUAGGCCCAGACAAAGGAACGAGUCCGAAGGUGAACCUACCCUGCCAUCUCCUGCCCCCUCCCACAUUCCAAGUGCACCACCACCCUCCCGGGCCACGAUGGUCACCCCGAAUAUCUCCAACGGCGUAACUCCCAAUAUUUCAAAGUAUCGAUUGGCCAACAAGCCCAAAAAGUGAUCGUUCUUUGUGGGUCAAGGAUACCAAACGUUGGAUGCCCUAUUAGUAGUAAAAAAAUGAAGUGCAUUACCAUAAACUACACAAUAUAUUAAU